AAUCCCUCAAUUACGAUCCUUCCUACUCUUAGAUAAAGCUUUACAUCAGUUCUUCCUGUCGCAAGGAGAUGGAUGCCAUUGAUUCAGUUGUCGAUCCCUUGAGAGAGUUUGCUAAAGACAGUGUCCGUCUCGUCAAGAGAUGCCACAAGCCCGAUCGUAAAGAAUUCUCAAAGGUUGCACUCCGUACUGCGAUCGGUUUCGUGGUGAUGGGAUUCGUCGGUUUCUUCGUGAAGCUGAUCUUCAUCCCCAUCAACAAUAUAAUCGUCGGCUCUGGUUAGGACAUGGAUUUACAAUGUUUCAGAGGGCAAAACCUGAAUUCUCUUUGGAACUAUUCUUAGUUUUCAAACAGUUUUUUCGGAAGAUUUUGUUUACAUACCAUUUAGACUUUGUUUCAUACAUUUCUCUAUUUGUUAUAUUUUUUCCGAAAAUUUUGUUUACAUACCAUUUAGACUUUCUUUCAUACAUUUCUCUAUUUGUUAUUUUUUAGUUUCGGGUUAACUUCUCUAGAGUUCAUCAAUCUCAACUUUUCCAUUGUUUGCUAUUUCUCCGUUUGGCGAUUGAUCAUCAAUGGCAAGUGAUUGCCUCAA